AGCCCGGCCCCGCCGCUUCCGCCCGGCCACAGGCAGGGGCGGAUCCCUCGGGUCCCUCCCGCUGUUUCCCGGUAGCGGCGUGUCCCGCCCGGUUCCCGGGAUUGGCGGGGCUGUGCCAGCUCCAUGUCGCGCAGGGCCAUGGAGCAGUCCCGACGCAUCACCGACUCCUUCCCGCGGCGGCGGCGGGGCCCGGGGCGGCCCCCGGGCAGGCUCAAGGGCAAGAACAAGAUCACCAAGGACAAGGACAAGGAAAAGGAAAAGGUGCAAGUGAAGGUGCGGGAAUGUCCCCGCCCCCCUUCGCAGCCCUCCCCGGACCCGGCGCUCCUGGAGAUGUUGCGACGCUUCGACCUCUCCUGGGAAUACGGACCCUGCACCGGGAUCACCCGCCUGCAGCGCUGGGAGCGGGCACAAGAGCUGGGGCUGAGCCCCCCAGGCCCCAUCCGUGACGCCCUCCUGGAGCACCGGGAUAACCCCGAUGUCACCUACAGCCUCUGGCACGAGUACGAGCUCUGAGCCGCCGCGCCGAGGGAGUGGGGGGGUCAUUCCCGACAUCCCCAGACCCUGUUCCAGGGACCCCCGGAGGAUUAAAGCUGGUGUGAGCGAAGGAAGGGGUGCCGUGUGCUGUCUGGGGGGGCACGGGGUGGGGUGAAGCUCUUGGGGUGCAGGGAGAGGGCAGGGAGUUGUAUUCCACCCCCAAAAGGCCAGGUGGAGUGUCCAGUCACACAGUUUAAUGCCACCCAGCUGGGACCCAGGGAGAAAAAUCUGUUCUUAGGUGGAGAAAGGGAGAUGGGAUUUUUUUUCCCCUGGCACGGGGCAAAAAAAUGAAGAAUGAGGUAUAAAAUCAGGUGAAAGUGAGCAGGUGGCUGUGGAUUGUGGGGAUGUCCUGCAGUGGGGUGGGAAGAGUGAGUGUCCUGUGGGAUUUAUAAUCAGCAGCUUUGCAGUGAGCAGAAUUCUAAAUAACAGGAUGUGUCUGUUAAUUAUUCCAGUUACUGAUGACUUAAUUCAUCAGCUUUUUCUGUUGCUUCAUCAAUAAAAUAAAUUGUUUCUA